AUAGAAGCUAAUGAUCAUCUACGGCUCGCAGGACAUGACGCUCAGCAUGGGCCACAUUGCGCUCAGUUCGUUCUCACCAACUUGAAGUGACCAAUCUUGGUUUGUUCAGGAGCAGAGAUCCCGCCACCACUUUUCUGUCCAGGUCCACUGAGUCCGUGGAACUGCAAUGGGGGAGCCUCCAGGCUGCGCUUUGACUGUUCUAGUCAUCUGACAGGUUUCGGUCCAGGUGGGUUCAAUGCAGAAUGCUGUGGCGUACAGCUUUCUAAAUUAAGAAAGCAGAUUCUAUUAAAGCCCUUCGACUCAAAGUGGGUUCAUUUUCACUUGAAAGCUUUCCCUAAGGUCAUCUAACCAAAGGAUGGCUUUACAUCUCAGAGGGCGCUUGGCUGGUGAAGUCUCGCAGCUUCGUGCGAUCCAUGCAGCCUUCUUGCAAACAGUCAAUUUGGAGGGGUUGGGGGCGCACAAAAGCAGCGGCGACUUACAAUUCUCAGAUGCUCCAGGUUCAAGGCAAGAAGAAGCAUCCAGCAAAAAUACUCAACCUCAGAGCCAAGGAGGAGAGUUGGGGCUCGAUGGGAAGGUGGUCGAAGCAGUGUCAGACGGAGGCGCCCUGGAGAGUCCAAGUGAUGCCCCAAAGACGGCCCCGGUGAAGCCUCCUGAAAAGGGCAAGGGCAAACCUGGCUCAUUUACAACGCCAUUGGACCUAGUUAAGCAGCGGAUGUGGCAGUCAGGGUUACAAGCAGCUGGGCCGCUUUCAACAGGUCCAGCAGAGGAAACAGCGUUGGGUUCUACUGCCUCUGCUUCUGGAGUUGGGAGAAAAACGGACACAUCUGCGUCGGGGGCGAGACUUUCCGAGGGUGGUGCAAAGACAGGCAGCAUUCAGUAUCUGAAUGUCCACAAGGAGAGACUGGCGGAGCUGAAAGCGCUAGAGGAGCUCACGUUUGAUGACGUUGACGCCUGGAGCCGCAAGAGCAGCGAGGGGGUAGAGCCUGGGGUGAAAGCGAUGAUGGCCGGGGAGUUGCAGCAGAGCAAGCUGCAGCUGAUCAGCGCCUACCAUGACCUGCAGAUUGUUCCCAUGAGGAAGCUCUUUGCCUGGGCGAUCCCAACCGAAGAGGCGCUGGAAGCAAUCAAGCAGUGCUCCCCAAAGGGCGUGGUGGAGAUUGGCGCCGGCAGCGGAUACUGGGCGGCGCUCCUCGAGGAGCGGGACGUCAGCGUGCGCGCGUUUGACCGGGACCCGGUGCACGAGCGCUACAACGGGCACCAUUCCCCGGUCACUCCGGAGCAGCUGAGCGCUCUGGCGGAACGGAUCGAGUAUCCGAAGAAGUUGGAGCUGAAUCUGGACGUAGAAAUGAUCCGGAGGCUUGGGUUCGGCUGGGUCGAAGAGGGCGGUCCGAAAGCCGCUGAACGCCAUCCAGAGCGGUCCUUACUCCUGUGCUGGCCCCCAGACGAGACCGACGAAUCAUCCCCGGAAGACGUCAAGAGCAUGGGCGUGGAAGCCUUGAACGCUUACAAAGGGUCGACGCUCAUCUACGUGGGGGAGCCCCUCGAAAGCAAACCCUCUUCAGGCGAGAAAAUCUCUAGAACGGCGGGGCCGCGGUUUGAGCGGAGCUUGAAGGAAGGCGGUUGGAAGUUGCAGAAGGAAGUGGAACUGCCUCACUGGCCGCAGUGUGGGGAUCGGCUCCAGGUGUGGACCAGGGAUAGUGCAGAGGUCUCCUCGAGCGGUAAUGAUGCGGAGGGCGGUAACGAUCAGAAACCAGCGGGAGAAAGUACGAGCGGUACCGAGGAGUCGGAGAACGGCGACUCGGCGGAGGAGUCGGUUGAAGAGUUGAAAGAGAAGCUGCUACGUCUUACGGGGUCGGCAUCGUCGGCUCGGGAGGCUUCCGCCGAAGAUGGAGUGGCACGCGGGACGGCAGGAGGGAAAAAAGUGAUUUUUUCGUGGAAUACAGAGCACGGAGUGUCGCCAGACGUACUAGUAGAUGUGUUGAAAGUCGCAGACACAUUGCACAAGGCGCAACUUGUGGAGGCCCGGCGAAAAGGGGGAACAAUGGUCGGGGAAGCGGAGCGGCAGGCCUACAUGGAGAUGCUGAGAGCGGCGUGGGAUGCGGUCGCGAGCGACCUCAUCGCGCGGCGGGUCUACAAAGAGUGGCACGUGCGAAGAGUCCACGCCCCGCUUUCGCGCAUAGAGGCAGAGACGAAUACACGGCACAUGGCUCGACAGGGGUUCUUGAGGAGGUACCUCAUGCGGUUAGGGUACAAGAUUGUCAAGGAUAAGGAGGACUCCUUUUAGCACUGCAUCAGGAUAAUAGAGCUGAAAUACAGAGAGGGCGGCUUGCCUCUGAGGAGCCGCGAUGGUGCAUACAUUCUACUUUCCAAGCUGCUCUUUUGCCAUAGUCUGAUCGAGCCACGACUCUAAAGUCAACGUGAGCUUGUCCCGAACGACAGAACUUGAAGACUCGCACGGCUUGGAGACCACCAUCUGAGAUCCAUG